UGGCGUUAUCUACUCCGUCGAGAUUGCCACGUCAGAUUUGGCCAAAGCAAACGCAUGUAACUACCACAAACGAUAGGAGGUCCGUCCGAUUAGACUCGGCGGGGAAAUUGGACGGUCAGAAUCUAUCUGCCUUUGCUGAAUAGAGAACUGGCUGUUUUAACAGCAGGUGAUAGAUACCAGGGAGCGAGAAAGUUCCUUCCGUUCGACAUCGUCUUCGUCUUCGUCUUCUCUCCGAACUUUUCCACGGGGCGCUGGUUAAGGAUUUCGUCGAUUCGAGAUCUAGAUUCAGGUAUAUCUUUGCUGCAGGUCUGUAACGAAUAGUAGAAUCCAGUGAAGGUUUCCUUCCAAGGAAGAAAUGGUGGAAAGUAUUGCCCGAAUGCGGUUGAAGCACUUGUUGAACAGAGAGGUAUGGAAGCUCCGUCGUAUCGACACUGAUGCCACUCUGCAUGUGAUAAUUCAAGUGCGCCUACAAGGAAAUGUAUUAGGUUGAAUUCUACUAAUGAAGAUCCUUAUGGUGUCUCAAGGCAAGUCAUCUCAUAGCUGAUAAAGAUCGGUUAGAACUAAAGCUACAGCUGAUAAAGAUUGUUCUCAGGAAAGCAGAGUUGCAGAGACUGAAUACGGCCGCUGCCUCAUCUAUCAGUGAUAGGGCUGGCUCAAUCACGGUGCAAAAAUCAUCUCAGGUCAGUAGUUUUAGGAAGUCUUUGAAUUAUGCGACGGGUCUGGGGAAGAAAGUUUGACCUCAGGGCAGCAAUUUGCGUGGAUGGAACCGUGGUUCCUCGCGAAAGUUUGAGUCUUCAAAACGUUAUCUGGCCAGCACUGCUAAUGUAGCUUUGAUGAAACAAUGCGACACGCUGCUUGAAACAAUGGUUGUCUCAUCCUCAUGCUUGGGCUUUUCUAAGGAGCUUGUUGAUGUAGUGAAAUUAAACAUUACCAGACUAUUUCACUAUUAUCAAACAUCCGUAUGGAUUUAUGGACAGUAAGGAAGGAAGAAGUUAUCUUCUGAUGUAUACUCAAACCCACUUGGGUUUGGUGCUGAUGUGAGACUUACAUUAAUGACAUAUAACCCUCCGGGGCAUGAUGCCCACCUGGUCAUGUCAUGUAUUUGGACAUUAAUGAUGUGAACAACAUGUCUGGAUAAGAUAGAGGUAAGCUUCUUCUCAUCUCGGCUUUAACCAAGAAACCUUUUUUGGCAAUCUAACUAACAAAAAAAAAAAGGAUUUUCUUUCAUUGCAACAAGUGAGAUCGCGGGUUUGAAUCAACCUCUCGACAUAAAGAAGUAGAGGUAAUGCUGUCUAUAGUAUAUUCCCUUCCUCACCACCCUCGAUGAGAUGGAGACUCGAACUGGGUUGGUCCUUCUGUUCUAACCUCUGUGUUCAAUCCCAGGGAAAUGUUGGUGGAAAUGAACCUCCUGUGGUUAGUUCUAUUGCUUAUCAUUUUAACACCUUCUUCAUUCUGGGCUUCACUUCGUACUAACAAUGCCAAACCCCAUUAUUACCAAAUGAUGUAUCAUAUUAUAUUAUACAUUCAUUCUUCAAAAAACAGUCAGAUCCAACUGGGGAUGUGGAUGCUGUGUUCCUCUGUACAAUGUCUGAUCUCUCUGUGAAAAGUUCAUUUUUGUUUUGGGUGAGAUGGCUUUUGAUGUAAUUUAUUCUAGUGGUAGGGACAGGCAUCUAACAACAGAUGUAGCAGUUGAAGUACUUUCACCAGACACAAAACAAAAAUAUUAAAGUGGUUUUGCCGUUGUUGGUAAGAAGAACAAUAAUCUGAUGCAGCUACUCCUUGAAACGCCGUCGUUUCCGGUCUCACCCAACCCUGUUUCUCUAAACAAACCUCAAGGUCCCUCAACCAUCUCUCGCCAUAUCUGAUUGUAAACAGUGUGCGCGUGCGUUUAUCUAUAUAUAUACGACCGUAUGUGUGUGAGGAGAUAACGAAGCGUUCGAUUAUUCAUCUGUAAUGGAGGCGUCUUCUAGCUUCUGGGAUCUGCCAUUUUUCUUCUCCGUCUUCGUCCUCGUCUACUUCGCAGGUUACUUCAUCGUCUUCAGGAACUGGAGCCCCGAGACCCGAUCCGAAGCCUCCAGCUGCCUAAUCUCUUUCCUCCACGGCACCUCCGCCGCUGUCCUCCCCCCCCGCGCCAUCGUCUCUGACUGUGGCGGCGUCUUCUUCUCCGGCUGUAACACCCCUUCCCAAAUCACCGUCCUCGACUUCAGCUCCGCCUACUUCUUCGCCGAUCUACUGCACCUCGCCGCCUCCUCCGCCGCCGGAGACGCCCUAUUCGCCGCCCACCACGUCGCCGUCCUUUUCGUCUUCCUCACCUGCCGUUUCCUCGUCGGCCAGGGCGCGUGCGGCAUACUCGCCCUGCUCGCCCUCGCCGAGGCCACCAGCGCCUGCCAGAACACCUGGGCCCUUACGGCGGCGGCAGCGGUGGCGCGUGGGACCGACGCGCCUCUGGCGAUGCGGCUGAGACGGCGCGUGGAGUUCCCGUUCUACGCGACGUACAGCGUGUGCAGGGGCGUCCUCGGGCCGGUGGUGGUCUACAAGAUGACGUCGUUUUACGUCUCCGGCGCGGCUGAUGACGUCAUACCCAGGUGGGUAUGGGUGUCUUGGAUCGUCGUCAUUGUCGCUGCGCACAGUGUGAGUAUCCUCUGGAUUCGGAAUUUAUGGAUUCAAUUCUUUAACGAUAGAUACCCAACUUCCGGCAAGAAAACGAAUUAAAACUUUGUCUUUUUCAUAUGGUUAGUUCUUGUGGUAGAAAUCUCUGUCAGUAAUCUCGGAUAUAUAUAUAUAUAUAUAUAUAUAUCUUCUGCA